AGUCUUAGAUCGUCUCUCCAAGCGUAUUCUGAUACCACUGGUCAUCAGGCACCGACCGCGCUUGUUUAAUCGCAUCCGAAAGUGGACGUAGAGUCGCCGGCGUAAAGAUGCCCAGGGGAUUUUUAGUUAAAAGGAGCAAACGGACUUCACCAGCAUCUUACAGGAUGCGCGAUGGGGACAGAGACUCGUCUAAAGUGGAUCAACCCCAACAAACAGAGGGGCAGACCACCGUGGCCAUUGCAUGUUCAGAUGCACGACAUCCCGGAGAUGUCAGAGAAUUAUGGACGAGUGUCCCUGUAGAAACGGAACAGGCACAGCUUUCCGAAAGCGCAGAAAAAGCAGAAAGGGGUUUGGUCUCCACCGACAACAUACGCGAUAACAUCGACAACUCCGGUCAUGGCUCUCCGGGUCGAGCUGAUGCUUCGUACAGUCCGAUCAAACCAGUCGGCACAGAGCUUAAAAAAACGUUCUCUGAAAGGUGUCUGAGGUCACCGGCAAUGGCAGAGUCCUUCCCAGUGGGCGCCCCCGUGUCUUCAAUGGAAAGGUUACUGAUGAAUCACUCGCCCUUCCCGCCUUCAGACAUUAAAUUCGACACACCUGUUCACCUGUACUCGCCGCUUCAUCACGUCAUGAAACGACCAUACCUGGAUUCCGAUCGCAAAGGCAAACCGAAUAAAAAGACCAAGGUGAUUAGGAAACUCAGUUUCGAAGAUGAGGUGACCACCUCACCUGUGCUGGGGUUGAAGAUAAAAAAGGAAAGUCCGGAGUCGAAAGCUGCGUCCUCUUCUGGGCAUAAGAAACCGCUGGGUGAGUUCAUUUGCCAGCUGUGCAAGGAAGAGUAUCCUGACCCGUUUUCACUCGCACAGCACAAGUGCUCAAGAAUUGUCCGCGUAGAGUACCGCUGCCCUGAGUGCGAUAAAGUUUUCAGUUGCCCAGCCAACCUGGCAUCACAUCGCAGGUGGCACAAGCCUCGUCCGGUUAACGUGGAAUCCCAAAGCGGCAAGAAAUCUCAACUGCCAAUAGACCAUAGCACCGAGAAACAAUCCACAGAGGGGAAAGAAAACGCCAGCAAGAUACUGGUUAACGAUCAGCACCACUCCUCUCUGGAUAGCUCCCAGUUCCCAAUUCAACAACACCGCUCAGUGGAUAGCGGCGCAAGGCAAGAUCAGCUGCGACGAAAGCCGCAGGAAAAUUCCGCGUCUGUAGACCACAGUUUCAAAGUCCAAGACAGCUGUUUCGACCUUCAUCUGAGAACUGGCGAUAGCUCGAUGUUACUGGGAUGCUCAGAAACCGCGGAUCCGACCAUUGCCACUUACUUGCCUUCUGGUGCGAGCGAGGAGGUUUAUGAGUGCCGCUACUGUAGCAAGAAAUUCAGAAGGCAAGCAUACCUAAGAAAACAUCUCGCUGCCCAUGAAACAAUUAGGUCAUCUUCUUGCAACCAGAUAGAAAGUGGGCAAAUCACAUUUCCUUGUCAUCUGUGCGGGGCCCAUUUUCCUUCUUCGGAAAUACGGGAUAAACACCGGUUGUGGCAUGCGGUGAGAGAAGACAUUCUCGUGAACCCAGUGAAGAGCGUGAACACAUUAGUGAGACCAGACCUAAUGCAAAGAGAACAACAGAUAUUUACUUGCAAACACUGUCCUUCUACUUUUUUCAGUUCACCUGGUUUGACAAGGCAUAUUAACAAGUCUCACCCGACGGAGAACCGGCAGGUGAUGUUGUUACAAAUGCCCGUAAGGCCAGGUUGCUAACUUUGCAGAUGUGUUCAAGUAGCCUAAAAACAGUAAAAUAUAAAGUAUAAAGUACAGUAUUUCUUACGUGUGAAUUCAGUUAUUCAAUAUGACAUAGUAAAACCGCAGAGUAUCCGAACUGGUCUUAUAUUUCUUCCAGUACUCGAACAGCGGGAAAGAAAAAAUAUUGUAGUGAAGUAUUUUCACCCGAAUGAAAAAUAGCCACUUAUAUAUUGACAUCAAGUUUGCAAUAAAAUUCGAUACUCUAUUUAGUUGCCAGUUAAAUCUAUGUUUUCUCAUCAGUCUAUGUGAAUACAAAAAUGUAGCUAUAUAAGAAGGGCUGGGGCCACUAAAAUCAGAAGAUUGACAAUAGUUCAAACUAUCUUUAGACUCAGUGCAUAAUUUACUUCUGGCACGUGGUCAGUAAAACUGCUAAUUGGUAUAAUAAAAUAAAACUAGACCAGGACGUCUUGAACCAUUAAAUGUAGUUCCUAUGGAAAUUGAAUGUGCUUGUUAAGUAUAGUUGUAGCGAUUAUUAAAAAAAAGAAUAUUACAUUUAUUUUCCUAAACAGAAAUAAUCGAACUUAUCUGUGACUGUGUAAACAAGUGUUUGUGAAAGGGAAAAAAUGUAUUUCCACAUCAAAUGAUUUUCUGAAAACUGCCUACAUCACAAUAAUUUUAAUAUGUUGUACUCCAAGAAAAACAUUGUAUAUUUAUAUUUUACUAUGUGGUGAAUAUGAAAUGUACCCAUCAGAAAACUGUUUUAAAUAAGGCACUGUGUUAACCAAAGGUUAAUAAAACAAUUGUAGACACUGA